AUGCGGCGCCAUGGUGUUCGACGACCAGCGGCUUCCGAGUCGGCUGUUCGACGACCAGCGGCUUCCGGGUCGGCCGAGUCUGGGGCAGGUGAUCCCAUCGAAGACUCUUCACCAAGGAAUCCUCAAGAGACCCAAGAUGCUGUGGCUGAUCGUGAUGCUGAUGCCAAUGCUGCGGCUGUGGCGCCUGUCAGAAUGCGUGGCAAGCAGGGGUUCUCUAGCCAAGCCCUUGAUGACGUCUCUGAUGGAAUCGAGAGCGGCUCCAGCACCAGCGAGAGCGACACUUCUCGCAACACAUCUGUCUCCACUGAACUGCCCAGCAUCGUCUCCUUGGAGCUGGUCGGGCCCCCUCUGGACAGAGCCAAAUCAUACGUGCUGGACCUUUACCGCCGAGAACUGCAUGCCACCAGGCCUACUGACAGUGCUCGCUCCCAUGGAGCACGACUGGGAUGGGCCAAGCGUGAUCUUGCAAAGCGUGACUGGAACUCCACCAAGUGGGUGGCCGGCCGCCUGCUGUCCAACUCGAGACUGCACGACUGGCUGGGUUUUGUGCAGGAAGAAGGGCAUGCACCCAGAGACGAGCGUGUGUUGGCCGGGCUGGCCAUGAUGCCAGCUGCUGGCGGUUGGAGACAGGGUGCUCCCAAGGGCCGCGGCGGUCCCAAUUCCGUCGGAGGUGGCAGAGCAAGGCUGCGUGCACAACAGUCGCUGUCUGGUGGCACCUUCUAUCGAGGACGCUUCAGCAUUCCCGACAGCCGUAUGUUCGUUGCUUCAGUUGGCUUUGGCACAGAGGUGUCCUACGACAAACACGGAGGCAUCCUUGUAUUGGCACGGACGGAGGUAUUCACAAACAUGGCAUUUCAAGAGGUUUACCCGGGUCGGCUGGUGCACUUUCGCGCCACACACAUCCGGACUCACAUGACUGUUGAUGUCAUCGGCCUUUAUCAGCAUGUUUGGCGAUCGAAGCUUCCUGCUGAACAGAACCAUAUCUAUAGGAAUGAUAUUUGGGACAAGCUUAGCUCCCUCCUCCUCAGCAUCCCCACACGACAUGUUGUCAUGGUGGCAGGAGACUACAACUCUGUGCUUCAGCCGCUGCCGCCCCACGUUGGGCCGGCUGCAACAGCCAAAGCAGGUGCGUGGCGCAAGGACGGACACUGGCCCGUGGAGGCCUGUCUACCAGUGACACCUUUUCACCGUAGACCCCAGGCAUCCCGCCCUGUAGCUGCAGCUUACGACACCAAAGCACUACAGCUUGCCGUCAUAACACAAAGUCCGGAGGCCGAAGCCCUCCGCCUUGAUGUGGAAGGCCGACUGCCUGGCCUGCAGGCCACCUCUUUGCUGGGUGUCCGAAACGGUGCAAAUCAGGUUAUGUUAGAUGCCCUCAGUAGGCACUUUCCCCUCCGACCCCGACCUGACACACGCAUCAGUGCGCAAGGGCCCUAUCGAGCCUCUGCUCGAGAGACUUGGCGCCUUUAUCGGGUCUACAAGGCCCCUCGAAUAGCCUAUGGAUUAAGAGUUUGGAGAAAAUGGUUUGACUAUGCCAGGUUCCGUAGAGCGUCUGCGGCCUUGCGGGCCCAAAGUCAGCAACUCAAACGAUCUGCUCUGCUUAGCAAACUGGAAGAAGCCGAACAAGCCGCUGUGGCAGGCAACCAGCGCGUCUUGCAUCAGAUCGUCAGGAGCCUGGCUCCUUCGUCUUUUCAGAUUGUAUCCCGCCUUCGCAGCCCUUCGGGUGCUCUGCAGAGCAAGGCCGAUGAGCUUCAACAAAUCUUGCAACACGCCAAGGCUGUUUUUGCCAAGCAUUCAGAUCACUCUGAAAUCAGCUGCUUGCAUCAAGACUUUCACAUCACAGAUGCAGAGGUACAGGCUGAGCUUCGCAAACUGGGGGUGGCCAAGGCAGUCCCCAAAACUGUAAGCCCCGGCGGCAUGUUGGUAGCCAACCUCCGACCCAUAGGCUUGCAGUGUCCAUCAGCUAAAGUAGUGGCUGGGCUAGUUCGCCAGAAACUGCUGGAUGUCCUGACACCUCUCCUGCAGUUCCAGCCCCAAUGUGCUUACACGAAGUGCAGAGGAACUUUCAAUGCCAUCCUCCGCGUGCAUGGACACUUCGAGCAAGUGGGUCAGCUCCUGAGAGCCAAUAGACUCGACCGCUUCCAGCAGCACCAGGGGAGCCAGAGACUCCCCUUCUUCGGUGGCUUAAGCUUAUCUUUGGAUUUGACUAAAGCUUUCGAUCUGACUGAUCGGCCUAGACUGUAUGGUACGUUGUCCGAAUUUGGGGUCUCACAGGAUGUAAUCUCUAUAGUGCAGCAACUCUACAAGGAUGCCCGUUAUAUCUUCCGAGCCGGCUCCUUGGAGCAUGCCCUUGUCACAACCAACGGGCUUAAACAAGGAUGUCUCAUUGCACCUUUUCUUUGGUGCUACUACACCUUGGCCCUUCUCCAUACCCUACAGGCCAAACGCGAUGGCGAUUGGGCAAGGCGGGUCAUUACGCUUUUUGCUGAUGACACGUGGGGGAGUUGGGUCUUGAAGUGUAAAGAAGAUUUCUACAGGGCCUUGGAUGACUUAACAAUCAUACUUGAAACCUUAGUGGAGUACAAAAUGGAGAUCAAUUAUAAAAAGACUGCCAUCCUGUUGAGAAUUGAGGGCAAACAAGCCAAAGCCAUUCUUCAUGAGCAUUGCUGUCUAAAAAAUGGGCAACGUUUCUUGAAAGUGGUUGUACAUGGCCAAAUUGAGCUCAUUCCCAUUAAGGACUCACACGAAUAUCUGGGCACACAGGUUUCAUAUCGACAUCGUCUUGACAAAAAUCUCAAUUCCCGUGUGCAGGCCGGACAGGCCAAACAUCAGCAACUCAAAAAGGUCUUGAACGGCACCCAUGUUCUCUCGAGCCAUCAUAGAGUUCGUCUCUGGGCUGCUUGUGUUCAGACCAGUCUCGUCUAUUCCUUGCCGGCGGUUGGGGUAACCAAGAUAGGUCUUCAGAAACUUGAAAAGGUCAUGGUGAGGCACCUGCGCGCCAUUUUCCGACAGCCUGCACACCUCACCCACAGCACCAAUGCCUCCAUUUGGGAGCGGGCUCGCCAGGUACCUGCAGGACGCCUCCUGCUUGGGGCCGUCGAAAAUUUCACUGCCAAGCUGCAAGCCAAGCGGCUUGAGGCACCGGAUAUCACCACGGAACAGGCAGUGUUUGAUCAACUCGACUCUCUCAUAGCCUCCCUGCGGCGUUUGGUGGAUGAGUGUAGCCAAACCACCCAACAGUCCACUGAGGACGCUACUCUUGAUCACCUGUGUCCGGAGUGUGCCAUGCCAUUCUCCAGUGAUAAUGCACGGCGUAUACACUGCAAGCUGAAGCAUGGCUACUUGCCGGAACAUGCCACGAGCAAACCGGUGAAAUUUCAAGCCCAUUUGCAUGCUUGUGGGGGCCUCCCCCAAUGUCAGCUUUGCAAUCGUCGCUUCGGCAGGUGGCAGCAGCUUCGCCGGCACAUAGAAGAUGGCUCCUGCCAUGUCCUCGGAGGAGAAAGCCUCACCAAACACCCUAUCAAUACGCAAGACGCUCAGGUGGCGUCGACUGAUGACACAGCAGCGAUUGACCCGGCGACCGCCACGGGUGUUCAUCAAAACAUGCCGUUAGUUCGCAGACACGAUUUCUUAAGUCGAUUGCAUGACUGGGAAGCACUGCUCCGUGAUCAUCGGUCAGUGAACGAUCUGGCGGAACUCAAUCCGGAAGCCGAGAUCUUUGCACACUGCCAUCCGAGCUUACUGUCGUUCCAUUCGCAGGCCGAGACGCCAACCAAGGAUCAACCGAGCAAGCGACCGCGACAGGAAGAUUCCACACAGAAGCCGGGGAAUCAGGUGUUGCAAAAACAGCAAGGCAAUCGGCCCACAGGAAAUCUGAUGGAAAGCUUGAAGCUACUAGCAAGGCUGCUAGUGCAACACGAAGAUCAGUUGGCGGCAUUGCGCAUGGACAAGGGCUUCGUGCUUUUUGCACGCCAAGAUCAGUUCUCGCUCAUUCCGGCGAUGUACGCCAUCUCGAAAGAGUGGAACCACACUCGCGAGACCGAACCCGAGAAGCUUCAGUCCCCAUUGAGAACUCUCCUCUUAGCUUGUCUCAUUCGGGAACUGAUGCAAAGAAUCCAGAAGAUGGUGGCAACCACCGAGGGGAUGGACAAACUCAAGGCCGCCAGUUGGAUGACAGCUGGAGGCGAGUGGUGCUUCAUGAAGUUCUGUCAUCGAACCAAGAAGCUCAUCCCCAACCCGGCCCAGUCUGCCAUGGCACACGACGAGGUCAUCCGUCUUCUGACAUUCUUGUUGACAGCGAUGCAGGGGGAGAUAAUACACAAGUUCUGCAGCACUCGACCACUCAAGCAAUUGGAGGGCUCGGCAGACCAGAAACCCCAAGCUGUGUUUCUGCUGGAGAUCUCCCUACGGGGGGAGAAAGCGGGGGAAGUUCACGAGGCCUUCUCCAGGUUGGCCAAUCUUUCGGUGUGGCAAUUGAUCGGGGUCUCGAUGAAGCGAGAGUCGCUGCAGCGAUCCAAUGCGGCGAAGAAAGUUGCACAGCUGCUCGGACAGCGGUGA